UCGUCAAAGCCCCCACAAGCCGGCGGGCUCCCGUGGGGUGAGGUGGCGGGGCUGCCUUCUCCCCCAACCCUAUCCCAGCCUCAUACUCAGGGCUCCGCCAAGACAGCGUCUUCUAAGUCUCAUACCGUCUCCCCCGCGACCAGCAGCCCCACGCAGGCCGGCGGCCGCUUACCUGGCCGCCGUUCCCACUGCCGCUGUCAGGGUCGGGCGCCCGGCCUCUCGCGACCGUUAAACUCGGGGGGAGCGUGCGCGAGCCCGGCGUCUUGCCUGCGAUUGGCUGCCCAGAAGGGGGCGGAGACAGCCGGACGGCUGAGCGCGCCUCCACCUCCUUUUCCCCUGCGGCAGUCGGACGCCUGUGACACGGGGGGCGGGGCUUCUAUCAAUUCCUCGCUCCUGAUUGGCUCUCUGCGACCCGCCUGCUGCCACCCAGGAAAGAAGCUUCAGCUUCUCGCAUGCGCAGUUUGUAAAAAUGAGGCUCCAGCGAGUGAGGGAAGCCGUGGGCAGGGCACGGCGCGUGCGCAGACCUGGGAGCGCGCUUGCUAGCCUUUUUCUGCCGGAAUUCUGGUUUCCCGAGAACCGGGGCGGGAGGCUGGUCCUGAAACCAGGUCCUGAACACACCCACUUACCCCAUGGGUGCCUCAGCUUUACUGCGUUUCCCCACAUCACUGACCAGAACAUGCACAGUGCCACGGGGCCUCAGGCGGUGGGAGACGCUGACAUUCCUGGACCGAGAAACAACUGUCAUUCAGGUCCAGAUGGCAGGCAAGAAGAGCUGCCCUUCUCUGCCUGCCCUGGACGAGAGUGAACUUGAAGAGCAGUUUGUGAAAGGACAUGGUCCCGGGGGCCAAGCCACCAACAAAACAAGCAACUGCGUGGUGCUGAAGCAUAUUCCCUCAGGCAUCGUUGUCAAGUGUCAUCAGACAAGGUCAGUUGAUCAGAACCGAAAGCUGGCUCGGAAAAUCCUCCAAGAAAAAGUGGAUGUGUUCUGCAAUGGUGAAAACAGUCUGGUUUUCAAAGAAAAACGAGAGGCAGAGAAGAAAAAGCAAGAAAGGAAAAAAAGAGCAAAGGAAACCCUAGAGAAAAAGAAGUUCCUGAAAGAACAAUGGGAAUUGAGUAAAAGUGCCCACUGAGAAGGAACUGCAGAUUCAGACUGCCACAAGGCUCUCGGGAUAAAGCGGGGACUCCAUCGCCAGAGUUAUGGUUGAGCUUUUAAGGAAAUAUGACAGACUUAAAAGACCUAUUUUUUUAAAAGGGCGAAGAGGCUAAACCGUAGUAAAUAGAGGUGCUCUCUUUGGGAAUAAACCUGCAAACAGAAGGAAGCGACUGCCAUCCCUUUGUGGGGAGGGAGGUGGAGACACUGAGGUGCAGUACAUGAAGGGGCUUCUGGGGUGGCUGACCGUGUUCUGUGUCAACUGGGAGGUAGACAGUUUCACCUUAUGAUGCUUCUUUAAGCUAUUCAUGUAUUUGUGUAAAUGUCUGUUUUAUUAUAUUGUUGCUGUUAGGUACCAUCAAGUCAAUUUUGACUCAUAAUGACCCCAUGUGACAGUGGAACUGCCCCAUAGGGUUUCCUAGGCUGUCAUCUUCAUCUUGGAAGACGUACAGCCAGAAUGCUUCCUAGAAGCAAGGAUGGUGAAACUUCAUCUCAUGUACUUUGGACAUGUUAUCAGGAGGGACCAGUCCCAGGAGGACAUCACGCUUGGUGAAGUAGGUCAGAGAAAAAGAGGAAGACCAUCAAGGAGACGGAUGGACAGAGUGGCUGUAACAAUGAGCUCACGCAUAGCAACAGCUGUGAGGACGAUGCACGACAAGGCCGUGUUCCGUUCUGUCGUACCCGGGGUUGCUGAGUCACAGCUGACUCGAGGACACCCAACAACACCCUUUAUGGGAACAGAUGACCAGGUCUUUCUCCUGCAGAGUCACUGGGUGAGUUCAAACCGCCAGCCUUUCCGUUAGCAGCUGAGCACACACGCCACCAGGGCUCCUCGUCUCAUUAUAAAAAGUUAGAAAUAAAAAAUAUUUUUUGGAAAAAAA